AGCCACACCAGAAUAUGUGGCUCCUAAUGCUUUAACAAAAAAAGAAUGGAAAACACCAAAGGUUCUGGAAAUUUCACCAAAAAGAUGUUCAUAUCCCCUCUUUCACAUACAGAAAAACCCUGCUUCAAAAAUCAAGCUUCAUCUAAUUCACAAACUACUUUGAAUCGCCGCCACAUUCACUGGUUGUUUCAAUGGUCGUUUCGAUUUCGGCAACCGGGUUUAAAUCAGGUUUAGGAACUCCCUUCUACGGAAGUUGGGGUUCUUCUUCUUCUUCAGAUUCUGACUCGUUGGUUAACUCAGUUCCGAGCCAGGUUCGAGUUGGAAAACCUGUUAGAUCAAAGCCUGUGAUGAAGAAUGUUAAUGAAGGGAAAGGAUUGUUUGCUCCGCUUGUGGUUCUUACUCGUCAAAUCAUUGGCAAGAAAAGGUUUAAUCAGCUCAGAGGAAAAGCCAUUGCCUUGCACUCUCAGGUAAUUACUGAAUUUUGCAAAUCAAUUGGGGCUGAUGCUAAGCAAAGGCAAGGGUUGAUUAGUUUAGCCAAGAAGAAUGGGGAAAGGCUUGGAUUCCUUGCAUGAUAAUAAUAACUUAUGAAUCAAGUUCCGUGCUAUUGUCGGAUAUAGAAUAGAGAUGCAAUGAAAUAGAGUUGUAAUAUAAUAGAGCUGUAAUCAAUCUCAAUCCCAGUGUGGCUGAUCAUCCUCUCGGACUAGCUACUGAUCAUCGCCUUGGUAAGUUAUUUCCUCACCAACUAGCUAAUCAGACGCGAGCCCCUCCUCAGGCGGAUUCCUCCUUUUGCUCCUCACCU